AUGGCCAUCAGCACCCUCAGCCAGCUCCAGGAAGUCUUCCCGAUCGCCAGCGACCUCGGAAGACUGCUCCAAUCAGCCCAGCUCAGCCUGUCCAGCAACCCAGAACAUCUGCUCAUCGAACAGGACCUGCUCACCAACCCAAACAACCAGCAGCGAUGGGCAUCAUACAUCCAGACACUCACCCAGGAGCUCGAGCGAGAGAUCAGGGAGGAGCGCGGCAAACAUGACUCCAGACUGCUCGGCACCAAACUGGCCUCCGAACAGGGCAGGAGGGCAUACCAGAUCCUCGUCUCCGUCUACGAACGCGCACUGAUCUACUUCCCCAGAUCAUUCACCCUCUGGAACGACUACCUCCAGCUCAGGCAGUCCUUCAUCCUCGGCCAGCCAGCCAAGAAGUUCAAGCCGUCCUCAAACAAGAAGAAGCAGAAGACCAACGCCGACGGCGGCGACUCCCUCUCAGUGCUCGACGCACACGAGCGAUCAUUGACCUGGCUUCCACAGAUGCCGCGGCUAUGGCUAUCAUACCUCACCAUGCUCACCCAUCCAUCCUGUCCAGCACCACUCUCACUCACCCACACCCGGCACACCUUCGACCGCGCCCUGCGCACCCUGCCCCACUCCCUGCACGAACGGAUCUGGAAACCCUAUCUGCGAUGGGCCGAGCAGACCGCCGGCGGCGAAACCUGCAUCCGCAUCUGGAGACGCUAUCUCGCCGUCGAUCCCAGUCUCACCGCCCACUACGUCCAGUUCUUGGUCGCCGAGGCGCAGGCAAGCACGGCUCAUCAGGCUGAGGGCGACGGCCAGGAUGCGGACGAGCAGGAGGAGGAAGAUGACGAUGAUGAUGGGGAGGAAGAAGAUAAGGCGCAGGAGAAAAAGACUAGAUACCCCUCCAAGGCUCUCGUCGCAGCCAAACUGCUUCUCGGACUCGUCCGAAGGGCUCGCAGGGGGAAAUACAAGUCUCCAGACGGGAAGAGCCCCUACCAACUCCUACUCGACUUCCUCGAGCUCUGCGAGAAAUUCCCGAGCAAGAUUGGGAUCAGUCUCAAGGAGACCAUCCGGCGCCGGCAGGCACCCGCUCCACAGGAAGAAGCCCCCAACCCGGCCGGCGAUCCUCCGAAUCCGAGCGCCCCCGAUGACUCGCCGGCGCCCUUCAAGGGCUUGAUCAGGAUGGCGGGGGCACCCAUCCCCGUUCCCAAUCGGCAGAAGAGCAGGCCAUCGGAGGAUGCCGAGGCCUACGAUCCAGAUACCGAUCCAUCAAAUCCAUCGAAGCUGGACAUCGAACAGAUCGUCGAAAUCGAAGGUCUCAGCGUCUACAAGGAUCAGCUGGGGCUCAUCUUCACCAGUCUGGCCACCUAUUGGAUCAAGCGAGCCGAGUUCGACCGAGCCAAGGAGACCUUCGAAGCCGGGAUUGCUCGGGUGGUGACGAUCCGAGACUUCACGACGAUCUUCGACGCCUAUGCCGAGUUCUCUGAGCAGUACAUCUCGACCUUGAUGGAGUCGUUGGGAGAGAACGAGGAGGAGGAAGAGGAUGAGGAGGAGGGCAAGAACUCAGACGAGCUCGAGCUCGACCAAAAGAUGAAAGAGUUCGAGGAGCUCAUGGAUCGCCGUCCGUUUCUGGUCAACGACGUGCUGCUCAGAAGGAACCCGAACGACGUCCAGGAGUGGGAGAAGCGGGUGGUCUUGUUUGGGGAGCAGGAGGACGAGAAGGUGGUGGAGACCUAUCUCAAGGCGAUCGAGACGAUCAACCCCAAAAAGGCAACCUCAAACUUCACCCAACUGUUCAUCCACUUCGCCAAAUGGUACGAGGAGAACGGGGUGGAUGCGUCUGAUGAGAACUUGCCCGACCUCGACAGCGCCCGGAAGGUGUUUGAAAGGGCGAUCAAUGUCAACUUCCAACGGGUCGACGACCUAGCAGAGAUCUGGAUCGAAUGGGCCGAAAUGGAGCUUCGAAAUGAGCAAUAUGCCGAGGCGUUGAGGGUGAUCAGGAGGGCGACGGCGGUGCCUGCGAACUACAAGAAGAAGAUGAUCAGCUUCCACGACGAGUCUCUGGCCGUCCAAGUGAGACUGUUCAAGUCCCUCAAGCUCUGGUCGUUUCGCGUCGACCUGGAAGAGUCCAUCGGGACGGUCGAGUCGACCCAGAAAGCCUACGACACCAUCUUCGAACUGAAGAUCGCCAAUGCUCAGAUCGUGGUGAAUUACGGGAAUUUCCUAGAAGAGAACGAGUUUUGGGAAGAGUCGUUUAAGGUCUACGAGCGAGGCAUCGAGCUGUUCUCGUACCCGAUCGUCUUCGAGAUCUGGAACACGUAUCUGAGCAAGUUUGUGAAGCGGUACCAGGGCACGAAGAUCGAGCGGGCCCGGGACCUCUUCGAGCAGGCGCUCGAGAACUGCCCGGAGAAGUUCGUCAAGCCGAUCUUCCUGGCCUAUGCCCAGCUCGAGGAGUCCUUUGGGCUCGCUAAACGCGCGAUGGGCGUCCUCGAACGGGCCACGGAGAAAGUCGCGCUCGACGACCGCUUCGAGAUGUUUGCGUACUAUAUCGCCAAGGCGACCGAGAACUUCGGCUUGCCCGCCACCCGUCCCAUCUACGAGAAAGCGAUCAAGUCGUUGCCGAACGCGCAGACGGCCGAGAUGUGUCUGCGGUUCGCGAAUCUCGAGCAGAAGCUGGGCGAGAUCGACCGGGCUAGAGCUAUUUAUGCCCAUUCGUCCCAGUUCUGUGAUCCUCGAACGUCCCCGAAGUUUUGGGAGACGUACCACAACUUCGAGAUCCAACAUGGAAGCGAAGACACGUUCCGCGAAAUGUUGCGGAUCAAGCGGGCCGUGCAGGCGUCGUUCAACACCCAGACGUCCUAUCUCGCUGCUAAAGCGGCGGCAGCCAGGGCCGCUGGGUCUUCCCACAAGACUGAACUCAAUGGGGACAGGGAUGGAGAUGGGGCUGCAAGCGCGGAUCCGAUGAGCAUGCUGGAGAAGAAGGAAGACCAUCGGGCGGCUGGAACCUUCGUGCUGUCGAAGGAAAGACAGAUGCAGGUCGACCAGGCUGGGUCUCUGGACGGUGACCUUACCAGCAAGACUAACAACGCCGAUGAGAUCGCCAUCGAUGACGAUGAUGACUAG